CCAGCACCGCCGCUCCCCCAGCAGACGGGGCCUGGGCGCUCAGAGGUGGCAGCUGGCCCUGGCCAAGGCCCCUGCACUCGAGGAAAGGAGAACGACAAACGCAGGACAAAGCCGCGGAGCUCAUGGGAACAGCCUGCUGAUGGGCAUGGGGGCUAUUCAAGUGAUGAGAACCUGGAGAGACCAGAUCCCUCUAAGGCGAAGGGACGUGUGUCAGGCACGCAGCCGCGGGCCGGGACCUGGCCCCGAGCCCAGAGGAGCUCCCAGCGCCCUGCACCGUACGGAGGAUGUAGAGUCUCCCAGACCAUGGGUGAAGUACAGAAGGGGUUGCUCGCUGUCAUCCAAAAGCUCAAGGGCUCCGUGGAGCAGGAACUGCGGAUCGUCCUGCUGGGGCUGGACAAUGCCGGAAAAACCACGCUGCUGAAGUGCCUGGCAUCGGAGGAGGUCAGCACCAUCACUCCCACGCAGGGGUUCAACAUAAAAAGUGUGCACUCACACGGCUUCAAGCUGAACGUCUGGGACAUCGGUGGGCAGCGUGCCAUCCGCCCCUACUGGAAGAAGUACCUGGGCAACACAGACACGCUGAUUUAUGUCAUUGACAGCGCUGACAAGAAACGCUUUGAGGAGACCGGGCAGGAGCUGGCGGAGCUGAUCGAGGAUGAGAGUCUCACCGGUGUCCCUUUGCUGGUGUUUGCCAACAAGCAGGAUCUGGCAAGUGCAGCACCAGCUGCAGAGAUCGCAGAGGGACUGAAGCUACCUACGUACCGGGACCGCCAAUGGCAAAUCCAGGCCUGCUCAGCCCUGUCUGGAGAAGGAGUCCAGGAUGGGAUGAACUGGAUUUGCAGCCAGAUCACAAGCCGGAAGAAGUGACUGAAUGGAGCUGCAGUUCGCACAGCCAGUUCACCCGCUCCGAGAGAUUCCCAGCAAUAGGCCCUCCCUGGACCCCCAGGCACAGGCUGCUGAGCUCAAAGGGCCUUUGUCGGCCAAGCUCUCCUUGCUCAUCAGCUUCUCUGGAAUUCCUCACCCUCCUGGGUUUCAUUUGGUCACUGGUGUAUCUGCAGUUCCUGAAUUGUGGAGGGAGGGCAGCAUCAAGGGCUCCAGUGGAGCCAGGAGCAAGCCUCUAGACCAGCGUUUUUCAAAAUUCGGGUCGCGACCCAGUACUGGGUUGCUCUGGUCAGCACUGCCGACUGCUUCGUUAAAAGUCCUGUCGGCGGUGCUGCCCAGCCAAGGCACGCUAGUGCCUACCUGUUCCGACACCACACUGCGCCCCGGAAGCGGCCAGCAGCAGGUCCGGCUUCUAGACGGGGGGCCAUGGAGCUCCACGCGCUGCCCCCGCCCUGAGCAGCGGUUCUGUACUCCCAUUGGCCAGUUCCCGGGGUGGGCAGUGCCUGCAGGCGAGAGCCAUGCGGAACUGCUUGCGCGCCUCCACCUAGGAGCCAGACCUGCUGCUGGCCGCUUCAGGUGGGAAGCCUGCCUCUGCACCCCCGCUGUGCCACUGAAUGGAAGCCACUGGAGGUAAGCCUGUUCCCCAACCCUGUGCCCCAAUCCCCUGCCCAGCCCUGAGCCCCACCAACCCAGAACCCCCUCCUGCACCCCAAACCCCUCAU